UAAAAGGCAUGGUUGCAGAAUGCGAGUACUGAUCUUUUCGUUUGUUCUCUCAUCAUGCUACUGUCUUCUUGGAUUCCCGAGGUGGCAGACAGUUGGAGCAAUGGGAUUACUUCUUUGUAACGGUCAACCCGCUGCCGAUGUAUUUAUGGUUUUGUAUGACAAAGGUUACUUUCACAAAACCAAGCUGGCUUAUGUCGCAACGGACAAAAAUGGAUUUUUCAAAUUUUCAGGCACUGCUAAAGAGAUAUUACAAAUUAGUCCACAACUCCUCAUUUACACUCGGUGCAACCGUAAAAGGGAUGGAUUCAAUUCGAAAAUGAAGGAGGAACAGGUUAUGCCUAUAGUUGAUUUGAUGGCUGCCAACAUUCGCACUUCGCUAGACUGCAUAAUCUCUGUGGCCUCUGUCGAUGACGAGGAAAGUUCGAAUUUGAACAUUAUUGAGCUAUCGGACUUGCUAACGAUGUUGCUCCGUAUCCGUGGUUCCACCAAUUUCGCAACCGAACAGGACUGCACUCCCCUAAUGGAAGCUUGUGCAGCGAGGAGCGUACGUAGCGUGAAAUGUCUUUUGGAUCUGGGAGCUGAUGUUGUUUGUAUGUUGCUGGAGCAUAAAUGCAAUCUGGACUUGAGAAACGAAAACGGUCAUUGUGCUUUGAUGGAAGCAACAAGUGCAGGUCAUCUGAACAUUGUGAAACUUUUGAUCCAGUCUAAAGCUAAGGCUGUUCUUGUAAAUAUGAAGAGGAAUUCAAGGCUAGCUCAGUUCUUUUAG